AGCAGCGCUGGCCCGUGGGCCAUGGCGUCCUACGUGGAUAACAGCUUCCGCCAGGCGGUGAUGAAGAACCCGGCCGAGCGCACCCCGCAGGACCUGGAAAUAGUGUAUUCCUAUUUACACGGCAUGGAAGCCUUGUCCAACCUGAGAGAGCAUCAGCUUCGGUUAAUGUGUGAAACUGUGAGAUAUGAAAGACACGAAGCAAAUGAAGUUUUAUACUAUCCUGAUGAUAUUGGGACCUGCUGGUAUAUCCUGCUGUCUGGUUCCGUGUUCAUUAAGGAGUCCAUGUUUCUCCCAAGAAGCAGUUUUGGCAAGCGUUCUGCAGGAAGCUUUCGGCGGGGCUGUGAGUGCAUUGUGCUGGAGCCUUCUGAAAUGAUUGUGGUGGAUUAUAUGGAUGAAAAUGAAGAAUAUUUUCAGCGCCAAGCCUCUCAUAGACAGUCUCGAAGGAGAUUUAGAAAAAUCAACCAGAAAGGUGAAAGACAAACAAUUAUUGACACUGUGGACCCUUACCCUAUGGGCAAACCACCCUUGCCUAGAGGCUAUCAUACGGAAUGCACUAAAUCUCAGCUUCCUGCAGACUUCACCAAACUGCACCUCACCGACAGUCUCCACCCCCAGGUGAGCCACGUGUCUUCUAGCCACUCAGGAUGCAGCAUCACCAGCGACUCCGGAAGCAGCAGUCUGUCUGAUAUUUACCAGGCCACGGAAAGUGAGGCUGGUGAUAUGGACUUGAGCGGGUUGCCAGAAACGGCGGUGGACUCGGAGGACGACGAGGAUGAGGAGGACAUCGAGAGGGCCUCGGACCCGCUAAUGAGCCGGGACGUGGUGCGGGACUGCCUGGAGAAGGACCCGAUCGACCGCACAGAUGAUGACAUCGAACAACUCUUGGAAUUUAUGCACCAGCUGCCCGCCUUUGCGAAUAUGACGAUGUCGGUGAGGCGAGAGCUCUGUGCUGUGAUGGUGUUUGCUGUGGUAGAGAGAGCUGGAACCAUCGUGUUAAAUGAUGGCGAGGAGCUGGAUUCCUGGUCUGUGAUCCUCAACGGCUCUGUGGAGGUGACCUACCCAGACGGAAAAGCAGAAAUACUGUGUAUGGGGAAUAGUUUUGGCGUCUCUCCUACCAUGGACAAGGAGCACAUGAAAGGGGUGAUGAGAACAAAGGUCGACGACUGCCAGUUUGUCUGCAUCGCGCAGCAAGAUUACUGCCGUAUCCUCAACCAAGUAGAGAAGAACAUGCAGAAGGUAGAAGAGGAAGGCGAGAUUGUCAUGGUGAAAGAGCACCGAGAACUCGACCGAACUGGGACCAGGAAGGGCCACAUUGUCAUCAAGGGCACCUCAGAAAGGCUUACGAUGCAUCUGGUGGAAGAGCAUUCAGUGGUGGACCCAACAUUCAUAGAAGACUUCCUGCUGACCUACCGGACUUUUCUCUCUAGCCCAAUGGAAGUGGGCAGAAAGUUAUUGGAGUGGUUUAAUGACCCGACCCUCAGGGAUAAGGUGACACGGGUAGUAUUGCUGUGGGUGAAUAAUCACUUCAAUGACUUCGAAGGAGACCCUGCGAUGACUCGAUUUCUAGAGGAAUUUGAAAAUAACCUGGAAAGAGAGAAAAUGGGUGGACACCUAAGGCUGUUGAACAUCGCCUGUGCUGCAAAAGCCAAAAGGAGGUUGAUGACGCUGACCAAGCCAUCCCGAGAAGCCCCCCUGCCCUUCAUCCUGCUUGGAGGCUCUGAGAAGGGCUUUGGCAUCUUUGUUGACAGUGUUGACCCUGGCAGCAGAGCAGCUGAGGCAGGCUUGAAGCGUGGGGACCAGAUACUAGAAGUAAAUGGUCAAAACUUUGAAAAUAUCCAGCUGUCAAAAGCCAUGGAAAUUCUUAGAAAUAACACUCAUCUAUCUAUCACUGUGAAAACAAAUUUAUUUGUAUUUAAAGAACUUCUAACUAGAUUGUCUGAAGAGAAAAGAAAUGGUGCCCCCCACCUUCCUAAAAUUGGAGACAUCAAAAAGGCCAGCCGCUACUCCAUCCCAGAUCUCGCUGUGGAUGUAGAGCAGGUGAUAGGACUUGAGAAAGUGAACAAGAAAAGUAAAGCCAAUACUGUUGGAGGGAGGAACAAAUUAAAAAAGAUACUCGACAAGACUCGCAUCAGUAUCUUGCCUCAGAAACCAUAUAAUGAUAUUGGGAUUGGUCAGUCCCAAGAUGACAGCAUAGUGGGGCUGCGGCAGACAAAGCACAUCCCAACUGCCUUGCCUGUCAGUGGGACCUUGUCAUCCAGCAACCCUGACCUGCUGCAGUCACAUCAUCGCAUUCUGGACUUCAGUGCCACUCCUGACUUGCCAGAUCAAGUGCUGAGGGUAUUUAAGGCUGACCAGCAAAGCCGAUACAUCAUGAUCAGUAAGGACACCACGGCGAAGGAAGUGGUCAUCCAGGCCAUCAGGGAGUUUGCCAUCACUGCCACCCCAGAUCAGUAUUCCCUCUGUGAGGUCUCUGUCACCCCCGAAGGCGUCAUCAAACAAAGACGGCUUCCAGAUCAGCUGUCCAAACUUGCUGACAGAAUACAACUGAGUGGAAGGUAUUAUCUGAAAAACAACAUGGAAACAGAGACUCUGUGCUCCGAUGAGGACGCGCAGGAGCUGCUGCGCGAGAGCCAGAUCUCCCUGCUGCAGCUCAGCACCGUGGAGGUCUCCGCGCAGCUCUCCGUGCGCAACUUCGAGCUCUUCCGGAACAUCGAGCCCACGGAGUACAUAGAUGAUUUGUUUAGGCUAAGGUCGAAAACCAGCUGCGCCAACCUGAAGAGGUUUGAGGACGUCAUUAACCAGGAAACGUUUUGGGUAGCCUCCGAGAUUCUUCGAGAGACAAACCAGCUGAAGAGGAUGAAGAUCAUUAAGCAUUUCAUCAAGAUAGCGCUGCACUGCAGGGAAUGCAAGAACUUCAACUCCAUGUUUGCGAUCAUCAGUGGCCUGAACCUGGCACCAGUGGCAAGACUUCGGACUACCUGGGAAAAACUUCCCAAUAAAUAUGAAAAGCUGUUUCAGGAUCUCCAAGACCUGUUUGAUCCUUCCAGAAACAUGGCAAAAUACCGCAACGUCCUCAACAGUCAGAACCUGCAGCCUCCCAUCAUCCCCCUAUUCCCAGUCAUCAAGAAGGACCUCACAUUUCUGCACGAGGGGAAUGACUCAAAAGUAGAUGGGCUGGUCAACUUCGAAAAGCUCAGGAUGAUUGCCAAGGAAAUCCGUCACGUCGGCCGAAUGGCUUCAGUAAACAUGGACCCAGCGCUCAUGUUCAGGACUCGGAAGAAGAAGUGGCGCAGUCUGGGGUCUCUCAGCCAGGGAAGUGCCAGUGCAGCAGUGCUCGACGUUGCCCAGACGGGCGGGCACAAAAAGCGGGUGCGCCGCAGCUCCUUCCUGAAUGCCAAGAAGCUCUACGAGGACGCCCAGAUGGCUCGCAAGGUGAAGCAGUAUCUGUCCAGCCUGGAGCUCGAGAUGGACGAGGAGAGCCUGCAGACACUGUCGCUGCAGUGCGAGCCAGCAGCCAGCACGCUGCCUAAGAAUCCUGGUGACAAAAAGCCUGUGAAGUCUGAGACCUCCCCUGUGGCACCGAGGGCAGGGUCACAGCAGAAAGCACAGCCGCAGCAACCGCUGCCACCACCCACGCAGAAGGUCAGCCAGGGCCUGCAGGUGCCUGCCGUGUCCCUGUACCCUUCCCGGAAGAAGGUGCCCGUCAAGGAUCUCCCGCCCUUUGGUAUAAACUCUCCACAAGCUCUAAAGAAAAUCCUCUCCCUGUCUGAGGAAGGGAGUCUGGAACGGCACAAGAAACAAGCUGAAGACACGAUAUCAAAUGCAUCCUCACAGCUCUCUUCUCCUCCCACUUCUCCACAGAGCUCGCCCAGGAAAGGUUACACUCUGGCUCCCAGCGGCACUGUGGAUAACUUCUCAGAUUCUGGGCACAGCGAGAUCUCAUCACGGUCUAGCAUCGUCAGCAACUCUUCCUUGGACUCUGUGCCCGUCUCCUUGCGUGACGAGCGGCGGCAGAGGCACUCCGUGAGCAUCGUAGAGAGUGGCCUGGGCGCCGGCAGGAUGGAGCGGCGGGCCACGCUUGAGCCGGACCAGCACAGCCUGGGGUCCUAUGCGCCCAUGACUGAGAGCCGGGGCUUGUAUGCCACCGCAACCGUCAUUUCCUCUCCAAGUGCCGAGGAGCUCUCCCAGGACCAGGGCGACCGUGCGUCCCUGGACGCCGCUGACAGUGGCCGCGGGAGCUGGACAUCAUGCUCCAGUGGCUCCCACGACAACAUCCAGACCAUCCAGCACCAGAGGAGCUGGGAGACACUGCCGCUCGGGCACACGCACUUCGAUUACUCUGGGGACGCUGCGGGGCUGUGGGCUGCCAGUGGCCACGUGGACCCCAUGAUGUUUUCUGAGCACAGCAUGAAGUAUAGCAGGCAGAAUCAAAGUAGAGAGAGUCUUGACCAAGCCCAGUCCCGGGCCAGCUGGGCCUCUCCCACAGGCUACUGGGGAGAAGACUCGGAGGGCGACACAGGCACAAUCAAGCGAAGGGGUGGAAAGGAUGUUUCCCUGGAGGCCGAGAGCAGUGGCCUGGCAUCUGUGCCAGUGUUGGAGGAACCCAAGCCCGGCCCCACUCCCGCACAUGUGGCGGCUGCCUCGAGUGCUGCCAAGGGGCUGGUUGGUCGGAAGGAGGGUCGGUACCGGGAGCCACCGCCCACCCCACCUGGCUACGUGGGCAUCCCCAUCGCAGACUUUGACGCAGCACCGCACCCAGUGCGCAGGCCCCCCGACUAUACCGUGGCGCUGCAGCGCUCACGCAUGGUGGCACGGCCCAUGGACACCAGCACGGCGCAGGGCAAUAGGCCGGGCCCCAGGCCACAGUGGCACAAGCCGGGAGAGGUGGACUCACGCCUGGCAACCCACCAGGCCCAGGCCUUCUCAGCAGAGGAGGAUGAAGAUGAGCAGGUGUCCGCUGUGUGAGCCCCCGAAGAGGAGAGGGACUGGAGCGCGCCCUGCGAGCGUGGAGCACGCACCUCCCGCCCGCCCUGAAGCGCACGCGCAGGCUGUCCCCUCCUCCCCUUGCAUGUGACAUACUGUGAAGAAAUCGCCCUGGCACUUUGCAGACGUCGUUGUUCCAGUGCACAGCGCAGGUCUCGCACCCUCUGCGUCCUUCUGGAUUCCGAGAUCACCUCAGCAGGAGCCGCCCCAGCCGGCCCCAGCCGGCCGCACUGCGCAACGCAGGAAGGGUUUUUAACAGUCUUCCCUGAGAUUCUGCUCCCGUCCCACGGCCUCAGCGGACUGCGAGGAAAGCCGGCUCUCGAACUGCUUGGGGCCUGUAACCGCGAGGAGACGGGCGGGGAUCCCUUGAGUACAGUGCUUGCCCACCUGUUUACAAUGUUGCUUUUUAAAAAUCAGUUUAAAGAUUGUUCAGAGAGUCAAUGUUAGAGCCCUUAAUGAUCACAGUAUUACUUUUGAACCUUACAUAGGUUGCCUCUCUGGGUUCCACAGACCCCGGUGCUCAGGCCUUGUGGAGGGGACGGUGGCUGCCCUGGCUCCGCCUGGGUGAGAGGCAGCAGCCGAUGAGGGUCGAGCCUGCGCCCGCCUCUCCUCCCCUCCCCACGUGGGCAGGGGCGGUGCCCUACAGUGAAUGUCCUGCUCCCCAGAGGCGAGAUGGAUGGCAACCCCACUUUAAGUUCUAUUUCUUUGAUAUUUGUUUAUUUACAGCUUUAGGGGUUUUUUGUUUGUUUUGUCUUUUUAAAGAAACAUCUGUAACUGGACAGCGUUGCUGUGAACGCAGCGUGGAUGUCGGAGCUAGCCAGCUGUCGAUACUGCUCCCUGAGAUAGCCUCCCUCUGCUCUAGGCUUGCCACUGGGAGUCUGGGCGCAGUGAGGGAGCACAGCCCCAGUCAGGGCCGCGGCCUGGCCCAGCCGAGCGACCAGGGCGCUCCGCGGCGAAGGCCCGAGUGUAGCGACCGUCUGCUCACAGCUGCUAUGAACCCCGAGGACUGAAGGUGACCGCCUCUCCACUUGGGGGGUGUUUUUGCACAGACUCCGGAAAGUGAAGGCUGCCAAUCCGAGUAGCGCUCAGAUGUGAGGAACUGCUGGUCUUGGGUUUUUCCAUUAAAUUCAGCUGAUCAUAUUGAUCAGUAGAUAAACGUAAAUAGCUUCAAAUUUUAAAAGUCGAAUUGCAGUGUUUUUUCACUGUAUCAAACAAUGUCAGUGCUUUAUUUAAUAAUUCUCUGUAUCAUGCAUUUGUCUACUUAUAUAUUACAUUGUCAAUUAUACAUUUGUAAUUUUACAUGUAAUAUGCAUUAUUUGCCAGUUUUAUUCUAUAGGCUAUGGACCUCAUGUGCAUAUAGACGGAAACCUAGCUCUACCACAAGUUGCACAAAUGCUAUCUAAACAUUAAGUAAUCGUAGACCCUAGGACUGCUAACCUCAGUUCGCUCUGUGAUGUCGAGUGCAGAUUGUACAGUUAACUGGUGACUUCCUCAUACUUUUGAUACUACUUGUACCUGUAUGUCUUUUAGAAAGACAUUGGUGGAGUCUGUAUCCCUUUUGUAUUUUUAAUACAAUAAUUGUACAUAUUGGUUAUAUUUUUGUUGAAGAUGGUAGAAAUGUACUAUGUUUAUGCUUCUACAUCCAGUUUGUACAAGCUGGAAAAUAAAUAAAUAUAAUGU